CAUUGCAUGCAUUCUCUUGGUAGAUUCAACUCACACCAUUGGUUUUAAAUUCCAUUUUUAACAAAUUUUACAACAUGAAGAGAAUUGUUUGUACCUCAAUUUCGAAACAUCGUCAAUUUGCAACGUCCAGCAUAAAUGCUGCAAAUAAAAAUUACAAACUGGUAAUUGUCGGAUCUGGAACUGGGGGAACUGCUACUGCAAAUAAAUUUGCAAGAAAGCUUGGAAGAGGAGCUGUUGCCGUUAUUGAACCAACAGAUGUACACUAUUACCAACCAAUGUUUACUUUGGUCGGAGGUGGAAUUAAAAGAUUUGAUCAGACUAGUCUUAAUAGAUCAGAGCUUCUCCCCAAUAAAGUUGACUGGAUAAAGGAAAGGGUUUCGAAAUUUGACCCGGAUAACAAUCAAGUGACAACUGAAAGCGGUGAUACUAUAACCUAUGAAUAUCUCAUAACAGCUACAGGUCUACAGUUGAACUUUAAUCAGAUUAAAGGAUUGGAAGAAGCUUUGGCUGAAGAUCCAGCUGUCUGUUCAAACUAUUCUCCUAAAACGGUCACAAAGACUUUUCCGGCUUUACAGGCCUUUCAAGAGGGAAAUGUUAUUUUCACUUUGCCAGCGACACCAAUAAAAUGUGCAGGAGCGCCACAGAAAAUCAUGUAUUUAGCAGAUGAGUACCUGAGAAAUGCCGGGAAGAGAGAUAAGGCUAAUGUUGUUUUCAAUAGUUCACUUGGUGGAAUAUUUGGUGUGAAAAAAUACGCCGAAGCCCUUUUGCCUAUAGUUAAAAGAAAAAAUUUAACUUGUAAUUUCCGAACUAAUCUUACCGAAGUUAAUCACAAGAAAAGGGAAGCAACGUUUGUAAAUCUGGAUACAGGAGAAGAAUCAGUUUAUGAGUAUUCUUUUCUUCACGCUGUUCCACCAAUGUCCGCAGUUGAUGCCGUUAAAAAUUCUCCUUUAGUUGAUGAAACAGGCUAUGUUACUGUAGACAAAACUACUUUACAGCACACGAAGUAUUCUAAUGUCUUCGGAAUUGGUGACAACUGUAAUUUACCAUCCUCAAAGACUGCUGCUGCUGCUGCAGCCCAAGCUGGAAUUUUAUCAAGUAAUUUAAGUAGUGUUAUGAAUGGUUCAAAACCUACUGCAAUAUAUGAUGGUUACACUUCCUGUCCUCUUGUAACUGCACAUAAUAAAUGUGUCUUAGCUGAGUUUGAUUUCGAUGGUGAACCACUGGAAACUUUCCCGUUCAAUCAAGCUAAAGAAAGGUACUCAAUGUUCGUGAUGAAGGCUUACAUGAUGCCGACAAUGUAUUGGAGAAUGCUACUUAAGGGAAUAUGGAAUGGUCCCAAGCCAGUUAGAAAAUUAUUACACAUGGGUAUGAGUCGUUAACUUCUUUAUAAUAUGUUAUAUGAGAUCAACAAUUUGGAAAACCUAGGCGUUGUUAACGAGUCUCUUGUUUUUUUUUAAUUUAACCGAUUUAGAUGAAAUUUUAAACGUUAUAUCUGUUACUUUUUUUUUUAAUGAUAUGAAAUUUGCAAUACACUUUACCAAAAGUACACAAUA